AUGUCUAUAGAGUGGUCAAGCAGUCAGCUCAACGAUCAAUCUGAAGAAAACAAGCCAAACUCCCCCUCGGUCGAACAAUAUGGCGUUAGUAUGCGAGAUCGCGCUAUCUCCUUCGGCCCCGAUGAGCGUGAGCCUGGCGCCGAUCGAUCCAGACGUGGGAAGAUAGCAGGUCGGGCUCGUUCCUCCUUGUCCCGCUCGCGCUCUCGCAGCCGUGCUAGGUCCGCUUCCAAUAUGCAGAUCGAGUUUCGUCGGAUGAGCUUCCAAAUCUCCGAAUCGGAGAGCCGUGAGAAAUACGACGAAGACUUGAAAGCCAAAGGCAAAGAAGCCGAAGAGACUUCCGACAAUUCUCGCUAUUUGGAGACUCUGGACUACCACACUCAGUCUGUCGAAGAUCUCUAUAAGCGCUUUAACAGCAGCGUUGAGGGGAUUUCUCAGGCGGAAUCGACUGCCCGUUUAGCCCGCGAUGGCAAGAACGAAUUGCCCCAUAUCCCUCCUAACUACGUCAAGAAGAUCUUGAAGUACGUCUUUGGAGGCUUCUGCUCGGUACUUUGGAUUGGUGUCAUUAUUUUCUUCAUCUGCUGGCGCCCUCUUGGUGAUCCAGAUCCGGCUCCAUACAAUCUUGGCUUGGGAAUCCUUGUCCUGAUAGUCAUUUUCCUCCAGGCCUCAUUCUCUGCCUUUCAAGAUUGGUCCACUGCGCGUACCAUGAAAGCCAUUCUGGACUUGGUGCCCACAGAUGCUGUGGUAUUACGAUCCGGUGUCGCCACGAGAAUUCCAUCCACUGAAGUCGUCGUCGGCGAUGUUGUCCAGCUGAAUAUCGGUAACAAAGUCCCUGCGGACCUUUGUCUUCUCACCACCUCUGGGGAUGUCCGCUUCGAUCGCUCGAUCCUGACUGGAGAAUCCGAUGAAAUUGAGGGUUCCCUUGAGGCAACAGACACCAAUUUCCUCGAGUCCCGCAACGUUGCAUUGAUGGGAACUAUGGUAACAAAUGGUAGCGCAAUUGGCAUCGUUGUGUUGACAGGCAAAAAUACGGUUAUGGGCCAUAUCACAGUAUCAUCUUCCUCAAUCAAGGAGCAACCCACGCUCAUCCAGCGUGAGAUUACUCGAUUUGUCUAUAUCAUUGUCGGUCUGACCGUUUUCCUUGCCGGCCUUCUGGUCUUCACCUGGCUUGGUUGGCUUCGGAAAGAUCACUACGAAUUUAUGAAUGUGGUGGAUAUGCUUGAUGACGUGAUGGGCUGCGUCGUCGCCUUCAUUCCAGAGGGUAUGCCUGUUGGUGUCGCCCUCACCCUCAUGAUGGUGGCUCGACGCAUGAAAAACAACAACAUCCUUCCCAAGGGUCUGUCCACAGUGGAAACUCUGGGUUGUGUCAACGUCAUUUGUUCUGAUAAGACGGGUACCCUGACCGAAAAUCGCAUGAGUGUGAUCACGACCGCGUUUGUGGACUCGAGCAUGCCUGCCGAAGAGGCCUUUCCAACUUUCGCUGAAGGCAGCCUGAAGCCACUGUUGACUCUUCAUAAAGUUGCCGCUCUUUGCAACGAUGCGACUUUUGACCCGGCGACUAUUCAACUUCCGAUUGCAGAGAGAAAAAUUCUUGGCAAUCCCACCGACGGUGCUGUUCUCAAAUUCGUUGAAACCGCCCAGCAGGGUGCGGUCAAGGCCCUGAAUGAUGAAUAUCCACGGGUCUUCAGCAUUCCCUUUAAUUCGAAGAACAAGUGGAUGCUCACAGUGCAUAAGCCUCGACAGACCGACGAAACUUCUCCAAGCUACCUGCUUCUCAUGAAGGGGGCUUCUGACAUUCUUCUUCCCUAUUGUACUUCCUACUGGUCCUGCAAGACCAAUAGCGUCCAGCUACUGGAUGAAGUGGCCAUCCAGGAACUUGCGACAGUUCAGAACAAAAUGUCUAGGGGUGCCCAGAGAGUGAUUCUUCUUUGCCAGCGCUCGUAUAUAUCGACCCAGCCCGUUGGAACGAACGCUUUUGGUGACGAGAUUCAAAGCCAAGGCAUCUGCGAUCUUACGUUAGUCGGAAUGUUUGGUAUCCUCGAUCCGCCUCGCAAAGAAGCCUCCUCAACGGUAGCGGCUUGCAGACGAGCGGGUGCUCGCUUCUUCAUGAUCACCGGUGAUCUUGGUCUUACUGGAGCUGCCAUUGCACGUGAGAUCGGCAUCUUUUCCGGGGAUGCCGAGCCCGAUACUUUCGACACGAUCGUACAGAGGCGACUAAUCAAGGAAUCUACCUCUCAAUCAUCAACAAAUACCGAUGCCUCGUGGUCCCAGACCUCCCUGCUUCUGGAAGGCACCUCAAUCUCUCAACUGACCAAUGAGGAUUGGGACAUGGUUUGCGGUUACCAAGAAAUUGUAUUUGGGCGAACUAUGCCAGAUCAGAAGCUUCGCAUCGUCAAUGAGUUGAGAGCUCGUGAUAAUGUUGUCGCAGUGACUGGCGACGGCGUUAAUGACGCACCUGCCAUGCGUGCUGCUGAUGUCGGUGUCGCCGUGAUAACUGGCAGCGACGUGGCCCUUGAAGCCGCUGAUCUCAUCUUGAUGGAUAAAUUCGACUCUAUCAUUGAUGCUAUUCGCCUCGGACGUUUGGUUUUCCAGAAUCUUCAGAAAGUCAUCAGUUAUCUCCUUCCGGCAGGUUCAUGGUCAGAAAUUUGGCCUGUGCUUCUCAACGUGUUCUUCGGUGUUCCUCUUCCGCUGUCUUCAUUCUUGAUGAUCAUCAUUUGCGUCUUUACUGAUCUUUUUUGCUCCUUAUCCCUCAUAAUGGAGCAGGAAGAAUUCGACUUGCUUGAUCUGCCUCCUCGCAACCACAAGAAGGAUCAUUUGAUCAACCUGAAAGUCUAUAUUCAAAGCUACCUCUUUAUGGGAGUCUUGGAAACAGUCUGUGCGCAUUCUAUGUAUUUCCUCUAUUAUUGGAGACAUGCCGGUAUUCCAGCGAGCGCACUUUUCUUUGCAUUUGAGAAAUACGCCGAUGGGUUCUAUGGUUACACUGAAGCCGAGCUGACGCAAUUCAACGUCGUCGGUCAAAGUGUAUAUUUCAUCUGUCUUCUCAUUCUGCAGUGGGGCAACAUUCUCAGUGUGCGAAACAAGCGUCUUUCUAUUCUACAGGCAGAUCCCAUUCGCAAGAAGCGCCGAAACCCAUGGCUUCUGGCUAGCUUGGUGGUUAGUCUCUCUAUUGCUGUUUUCGUGACCGAGGAACCAGGGCUUCAGAGAAUAUUUGGCACUGGCUCAGCACCACUGGAGUUUUGGUUCCUCCCUCUGCCGCUUGCCUUGGGCAUUCUUUGCAUGGAUGAGAUCAGGAAGCUGUCGGUGCGUCUGUGGCCAAAGGGCCCUACUGCUCGAAUUGCGUGGUAG